AUGGCGGAGGUUAUGCGUCUCGAGCUACUAGGCGAAAAAACUCUGCAUCAAACGGUUAAUCCUGAACUGCUCGCAUAUUGUCCAUCGAUGGACCUGAUAGCGUUGGGUAGCACAGAUCAGCAAGUCCUGAUCUAUCGUUUGAAUGGACAGAGAGUUUAUGGGGCUGCACAAAAAGUCAAUACUCUUCGCGUUGAGAAGAUCAGCUGGAAGCCAAAUGGACAACUACUAGCAAUCGCUUGGAGUGAUGGAUCUGUUCGCCUUGUUGGUGCUGAAAGCACAAAGGUGGUCCAUCACUUCUCUACAACUUCAGAUGAUCAAGAUUUCUCUGGGAUCACGUGCAUGAGUUGGAGUUCAAACACCAUCGGCAGAAAAGUUGCAGAUAAAACGUCGAAGAUUUUCCCAAAUACCUUAAAGAACUUAUUUAGAAAUGAGUUAGGAUCGUCUGCAGGGAAGGAUGCUUUGGACUUACCAAGAGACCUCGCUCUUCUUGACAUUGAACCCAGCCUGCCGAAGCUAAGUGUACUCCCCACGGGAGGGACUUCUUCCAGAUCGUCUUUAGAUGCUCUCUUUCGUCCAUUUGACCCAGAAGAUAACGAGAUGGCCGAUGUUAUGGUUGUUGGGACGAAGGAGGGCAAUAUACAUCUCAGUAUUUACGACUCAUUUGUGGUAGGAUCUUUCAAAGCUCCAAUCAUCGUUCAUAGGCGCCCGGCAUAUCUGGUUUCACAUGCGUCCCACAAAUUGUACUCAACGCAUGCAUUGCUCAUGAAAACCACCGAAUCUGAAGAAAGGAUUUAUUUUGUUCCAAUGGACCUUCGCUUCUUGUCCGCCUCGAGCCAGUAUCUUUCAAUCCUUGCAUCUCGAUCAACAGCUCUGGAAAACCUUCUCAGAUACAUCAAUCAAAUACGGAGCCUAAUGCUUGCGGAAUGGAAGUCGACACAAGAAUUACCCAGCAGGUUUCUCCGAAACGUUAAUGACACCCUUGCUGCACAAGAUAAUCGAGAUAUUGUACAGGCGCUUUACCAUUCUGUAGCCACUGGCCACACUUUUCCAGUCGUGCGCGAAUGGCUCGUGGAUGAGCUGACAGAAAGAGGCCAUAAAAGAUGGGACAAAGCCGUGAUAUCAGGUCUGGAGAACUUACGGCGUUUGGUUCAUGAGAACAUGCUUCCUGCCCUUGAUCGUUGUUCUGUCAUUCUCAGCAGAUUGAAUGGAAUUGCUAAGUUUCAAGGUCCGGAUUCUUCCUUGGGCUUCACAAGUGCGCAGAUUACUUCAAUCAUGGAUACUGUCGCAUCUCUGCAUCUUGUUUCUGCGAAGAUUUUACUUCAGGUGGUAGAUGAGCUUGAACUCUUUACUUCAUUUUCUGCUUGGUUACGUCACGAGAUCGAUAGGCUGGCAUCUGAUGGGUCUUCUUCUCAAAAUGAAGAAAACGGUGAUAAAGAGGCUUUAAUUGAUCAUGGUAAAGUAUUACUAUAUAUACAAACAGUCAUGAUCAACAGUCCGCUGGCAGCUUUUAUCGGCGAAGUUACACUCGAGGAUUACCAGAACGAGAGUGCGCAUAUAGGGAAGGGCAUUCAGGUAUUCGAUUUACUCACAAGGCAGCUAGAAAAGCAAGAACAGGGGUUGAAAUACAGAAAGACUUUGCCGCAAGUAGAAUUUCUGUACAAAUAUUUAAGGAAUCAGGCAGCUGCCAUCUUCACUCAAAUUGCGGACGCCGAGAAGAGCAAUGUCCUCUUCGGUAGGGCAAGUGAGCUAGGCAUGGCCCACAAUGAUCUGCCUGUCGAGAUGAAGAUGAAAAUGAUCGAUCGUGAUGUAUGCCAUAACUAUAUCGCUUUUGUGCCGAAAGACUCUUUGAAUCAAGUUCAGAUUGAGCUUUUCAUCGAGAAUGGAAUUAGCACUGUGCGCAGCACGAAUUCAUCCGUCCUCCAGCUUGGCGAUGGGCAAAUCAAGGACUUCAAAUUCAUGGACGACAGCACCAUACUCGUGCUAUGGGAGGCCAAUGGGAAGUGCAAUCUUCUAGGAAUACCCUACAACAAUGGGAGUGGAAGCCACAUAAAAUAUCAACCUCAUCGAAUUUCUGCAAGUCGCUCCAAGGCAAUCAUGUCGAGCAAUGAAGAAGUAAUUAACAAAUUCUUGCAAAUCGAGUUUGCAAGUGAAGGUCCGAUUAUUCCAGAAAUCAUGAUGGUCCGAUCACAAAUCGGGUCGAAAAAUGAUAACCACAUGAAGAGAUUGGUGGUUUUGGCCAAAGAUAGGCUUCGUUAUAAGGUUUUCAAAUUGGUUGGGGAACCUUCCAAUGGAAACAUUAGUGAAGAUAUCCCCAUGUCAUGA